AUAAUAAUGAUGACGCUAGCCAAACCAGCCAGUCUGUCCAGUUUCACUGCUCAUCAGUCAAUCCCUUAUUCACCUGCACUUUUGAUGAAACUUCACUGAGAAUCAGACUGAACCAAGAUACAGAGAGAUAAAACUAAUCAAAGACAGAAAACAUCAUGACGUCCAAAAUGGUGGUGAGGCAGCCUCAGCCGGUGAUGGACUCGCUGGUUUCAGAUGAGUGGAGCACUGGAAUCUGCGACUGCUGCCAGGACGUACCUGAAUGUUGUUUUGCCUUCUGGUGCAUGCCUUGUUUUGCCUGUAUAACCACCAAGAGAUACGGACAGUGUCUGUGUCUCCCCCUGCUGGACAUGUUUGGCCUCAUCCCUCCCAUCUCGAUGUCUAUGAGAGUUUCUAUGAGACACCGAUACGGUAUCAAAGGGGACAUGUGUAAUGACUGUGUGUACUCGUUCUUCUGUACGCCCUGCAGCUGGUGCCAAAUGUCCCGAGAGAUGAAGAGGAGGGAGAUCCCAAUUGUUUUGGUCAAUGCUACACACAGAUGAAGCAUUUAAAGGGCAAAUAUUAUGCUCUUUGCUGAUUAUAAUGUAUUUUUCCCUCUUCACAAACAUACCUAGAGUUGUGUUUUGUUUCAUUCACACAUGUUUAACGGAAAUAUCCUGCAUAUUUAGUCUGAGUUCUUCUCUCAAACAGAAAACACUCUGUUCCAUCUUAUGAUGUCAUGUGGUAAUAAAGGAAGUGCUCCUCUGUGUUUUUUUUAACUCCACACACCUUAUGUAGAAUCAUUUGGAUAAUUUCAGCCCUACAAUUGCAAUCUCUACUGAACUAAAGUUAAAAGAUAGCGGUUAAUUGAACAUUUUCACUACAUGGCAUCGCAAGGUAGAACCAAAUAUUUUAAGCUUCGAACAAAACACAACUCCAGGUUUGUUUUUGAUGAGGUAACAAAAUUCUGACAUGGCUAAAAGCUCACAAGAGUCAAUUUAGUAUAAUGGGACAAAAUUAGAUUCUCAUAGUGUAUACAUGUAUUUAACAAUAAACCUUUCUUUAAAUAAGAUAUAUUUAGACCCCAUGCUAUGCAACAUUCUACUAUGAAAAAAUACAUAUUUGUUUAGAUAGUACUCAGACUGAUGUUAUGACUGAAGGCUUUAGGGGAACACAACUGGAUAAUAGAAAGAUUUGAAAUACCUUAAUCGCAGUACAUGUAUUAGCCUUUAUAUCCUGGGAUAAUGUAUGCUUAUAUUUAAUGUAACUAUAAUUUAUUGAAUGUUUUUUUCCCUCAACUCAAAAAAAAAAGUUAAUAUAUUUAAUCAUCAUAUUCUAACAAUGUUGUUUUUACAGUAUAAGCAUUACUCUUUACAAAUCUUAGCCUAAAUGGAUUAAAUAUAUAGAUAUUUUACACUUUUGUAUAUUUUUUCACUGGUCUAAUCAAUUAAUAUUUUCUACCUUUGUAAAUAAAUAAUAAUAAUGA